CCAAAUCAGUUUAGUUGAAUGCGAGGCUAGUAAGAGUUCAGCCGUGCGGCAGCAGCUCUCUGCUUUAACUUUUAACACUUAUUCACAACUUCGCUGACGGAUUGACUUUUUGUUCUCUUUUUUUUUUUUCUUCCCCCCCAUUUCACUCCGUGUUUCAUUUCGGAGAUUUAACGCUGAAGUGUCUUAUCGAAGUUUCCAGCAUGAACACCGGGCCGACACUGGGCAAGCUCUGUGUGCUGCUGGCAAUGCUUUUCCAGGGAUCGCCCUGUGGAGCGGCCGUGCCCCCACCGGCGGCACAGUGGUCCGGCGACGAUUUGAGGAACUUGACUCUACGGCAUCACAGAACCUGCAUGGAGAACGAACAGUACCAGCAUCAAGGACUCUGCUGCCUUUACUGCCAAGCGGGGACAUUCGUGCUGAGGGCGUGCGAGCGUGACCACCAGAAGGGGGUGUGUUCUCCCUGCGAGCACGGCUUCACAUACACGGAACACUCCAACGGGAUGGACCGAUGUUUGCCUUGUAUGCAAUGUCGCCAAGAUGAGAUGGAGACGGCGUCCUGCACCACCACGUCCAACACCAAGUGUCAGUGCAAAGCCGGAACCUUCUGCGUGCCCGACCAGGCCUGUGAAGUCUGCAAACGUUGCGCCAAGUGUAAAGCGGGCGAGGAGGAGGUGAAGAAGUGCACUCACUACUCCAACACCGUGUGCAGAAAACGCGACCUGUCCCCUACCCAAACCCCGUUGGCCCAAACCCCGCCCACUCCCGCCUCCCCAGUGAUCAUUGUCGUUCCCAUCUUGGGCUGCCUCUUGCUCCUCGUCGUGAUCACCGGGCUCGCCGUGUUAUUUUACAAGCAGGGCCGCUUGCAACUACCAUGUGCAAAGAGUCACGGCGAUACCAGUGAUGAUGUGAAGAUCCCAAUCGAUGAGAGCUCGCCCACACCGGAGGAGUGCCAGAACAGCCGGAACGCCGGCCUGGAGGGAGAGGAGUCCAGGCCGGAGUCGCGACCUCUGCUGCAGGAGACGCAGCCCGGGAUGACCAAGGCCUCGCCCCCCCUGGAGGACGAGGACCGCGGGCUGGGGGACAGCCUACCCAACACCACCAGCUCAUCCCAGACCAGCCUGUCCGCCCUCCCCACCGCCGCCUCGUCCGGGAACAGUCCUCAGCAGAGCCCGGUGUCCUGCAGGAUCUCGCCUGCCGCCAUGGAGGAUCCUCUGCAGCGUCCCUUGGUCCCGCUGCAAGAGUCCGACGUGUCCCUGAGGAAGAGCUUCGACCUGUUCGACAAGUACCUGGAGGUGGGGAUCCACAACAAGUUCUUCAGGAACAUCGGCGUGAGCGACAACCACAUUCGCAUGGCGGAGAACGGCGCGCGGGGCGACAAAGUGUACGAGCUCCUGAAGAACUGGAUGCAGCGCCAGGGCCUGAAGGCCGACAUCAACCAGCUGCUGCGGGCCCUGCUGGACCUGGACCAGCGCAGCUCGGCUGAGAGCAUCGCCUCCGAGGCGCUGCGGCGAGGCUUCUACAGGCACGCCGACGCGCCCUGAAGGAGUCCCGGCGAACGCGGCGAACCUCUUUGCGGCUUUGAAGAGCCAGUAGUUUUUUUUUGCUUAAAGGAACAAAAAAGUAAAAAAGGGGGAAGUGGAGCUACUAAACCCGGAAGGAGAAGGCUGAAAGUGAACCUGCACUUACUGAACGCCACCUUGUGGCCAGCACAUGAUACACUGGUCCGUCACAGUGUUAACACUGUCUCUGCCAUGCACUGCCCCCUACUGGCACAACGUAGUCUCACUACCUGUUACACCUCCGCUAACAUGAAGUCACCACACCAGUGCACAAGUCCUACCAAACAAAACCACCGCCGAUAUUUUAUUUAUUUCUCAUAUUUAUUCUACAGCGCCUUAUUUAUACCUCUGAAGCAGGACUAGGCCUCUCAAAAGUUACAUUUCACCCACAAGUCCGGCUGACCAAAUAGUCCAGGUCCUAAAACAAAGUCUUGGACUACAGGUACGCAUCCUUUUGUCCCAAUUAGUAUCAAAAAAAAGUUGCGUGCGUGGUCCAAUUAGGAAGAUGCGAGCUGACAAUGGAGCCCCGCCCCCUCCCUGUAAAGAAUGACUACUGUAUUGCGAUGCUCAGUGCUGGCGCUGCCAUCUAGUGGUCGACGGAGACAGUUCACCCUGCAUCAAUUUCAAAGCCUUUUCACGGUUACCUGUUUUUAUUUUAGAUGCAUUGUGGUGUGAUUGCAGCACGGCGACGUAGUCAUGUUCCUUCCUUGUUGGGAUGGACGAAGUUAAGUGGUUUUUAAAAGCUUGGAUUUCAUACGUGAAUGAUGAAAUGGAAUGUUUUGUACAGAGGAUGUCUUUUUAUUUGUUCCAAAGAAUAAAUGUGCCUUUGGACAUCA